AUGCCAUUUGCCAAACGGAUUGUGGAACCUCAGUUACUGUGUAGGCAUCCUAUACCUAAUGAUGAGGGUUUGCUUUUCGAGGAUUUGUGCUCGAUCAACAAUGUGGCUCUUUCGCGAAUAUUACGGCAGCUCUCCGAUCUGGCCAAGCAUGCCUGCUCCCUAUUUCAGGAGCUGGAGAAUGAAAUCAUGUCCACGAACCAGCGGGUUUGGGUUCUACAAAAUAAAAUAGUCAAGAUCCAGCAGACCGCAAGUGCGUUGGAUCCCAAACAGGAGGCAGUGCGUUUUAAGAGCCAGAGCAUAGCAUCGGUAUCUAACCUGGAUGUUGAGAGCAAGCUUACAACCCACUUCCAGGCUCCAUGGCACCAGCAGCACAAUGUAUUCCACCCCUGUACUCGACCACCCUGUGUGGAGGAGAUCCAUCGGCAUGCCAAGCUGAACCUCCGGGCACUGCACCGAGACCAACAACAGCGUCAGCGGUCAACCAGUCGGGAGCGCAACAGAGUAACCAUAUCAAUUUCUGUGGCACCUCCAAUGCCUACCUACCCAUCACCACGUUCCCUCAGGAGGCGUGAACAGAGAGGGAGACAUGUCCGUAUGGAGAGAACAAUGAGAGAGUCAGACAUGCAGACUCUUCAGAGGAAGGAGAGACCUGUAAGGGAAAAUGAUUUUCCACCGAAACAGAGAAAGUAUGACCGAAAUCGUCCCUCCUCUCCCACUGAAUGUUGCCACCUCAUCCCAUGGACUAGAAAGGCUGCACCAAUCUCUGAAGCAGACAUGGACAUCUUACCUCUGGGACAGAGGCCGAAAUGUCCUGUGCCCAAUGUCCCCUCCACACUGGAUAAGCAAACCAACUGGUCUAAAGCCUUACCUCUGCCCACUCCAGAGGAGAGAGUUAAAAAUGAGUCCCAGGUGAUCUCGUCAUGCAUCAUCCCCAUCAAUGUUACAGGAGUUGGAUUUGACAGGGAAGCCAGUGCUCGCUGCUCACUUGUUCACUCUCAGUCGGUGCUACAGAGGCGACGGAGACUAAGGAGGCGAAAAACCAUCACGGGAAUUCCAAAACGAGUACAACAAGACAUGGACUCUGAUGAAUCUCCAGUGGCCAGAGAGAGAACUGUGGCCGCUCACACCAAUCCUCAUAUGUCUCUAUGCCAUGAGGAGCUGUCACUCAGUGGCCGUGCACUAAAUACCAAGGACUCAGGCUGCCAAACGGAUGACUUCCUGAUUGCUGCCCCCUCCAGGAGGCGUAUCCGAGCCCAGAGGGGCCAAGGCAUCCCAGCUUCGCUUUCUCAUUCCACCGGGAAUAUCACCUCCUUACCUGACCGAUCUGAUGCCAUGUUCACCGCUGCAGUGGGCAGCCGACUGCGAUCUCGAAGUCUCCCUCGAGAAGGUGGUCGGCUCAUGGAUGUAGACCAGGAUGACAGUGAUGAUGAUGAUGAUGAUGAUGAAGAUGACGAGGAACUCUCCCCUUUUGAGGCAGAGGAUUUCCUUCCAGGCCCGGGGCAGCGGAUUUUGAAGGAUGAGGAGGAGAGUACUGAUGACCAGACAAUGCCAGAACUCCAGCUUGGCAGCUUAAAGUGUACACAGCACUCAGACAGCCCUGACCAUGCCUGGAUUGAGAGGGGUAGGUCCAGGCUCCCACGCAAAGCAGACAUGGGGAGUUGUGAGAUAUCUUCCAGUUCAGAUACCUUCAGCAGUCCAAUCCACUCCGUGUCAACCACUGGUGUGCUAGGAAACCAGAUUGACCAUAAAGAGGACCACCAGUCCUCCAGUGGAAACUGGAGUGGAAGCAGUUCCACAUGUCCUUCCCAAACCUCAGAAACUAUCCCUCCUGCUGCAUCACCACCUCUGACUGGAUCCUCACACUGUGAUUCAGAGCUGUCCCUCAACACAGCUCCACACAUCAUUGAUGACACUACUGGCUUUAUAAUUGACCCUUACCACAUGGAGAGGCCUCAGGGUCAGGGCCACAGAUCCAGCUCCUUUACCUCCUCAGCCACUGACCAGAUGGAUGAUGCAGGUGUUAGCACUGCCAGUGAGGGUGAGUGGAACUGUGCCCAGGAUCAGCAGGACCAGCCAGGCCAUCAAGACUUCAGCCCCAAACGUUCCCAAGAGGAUGAGAGUGAGAGUGGCCUGGGCUGCCCCAGCUAUUCAAGUGGGGAAACUUAUGAAAGCUUCAGUGGCCAACCACCUCCUGAGAAAUCAGAGACCUCUCCUUACUAUAAUGUCGACACUGAAGAGUUCUACACAUCUGCGCACUUUGACUGUGGUUUCAAGGGUAGCAGGAGCUAUUGUAACUAUGCAGCCAUUGAUGCCAACUGUGGCCCUGGUGCAAAUGUUGCAUCUGGCAUGAGUGAAUAUUCUCAGUCAGACUACAGAGGCACCAGGACACUAGGAAGACAAUGUCUAUCCUUAAGGAAACCAAAGGCCAAGCCAACUCCACCAAAACGUAGCUCUUCUUUGAAAGAAACGAGCAGUGGUGUGGACGUUCCAGAUCAGGAUGAACCAAAGAUGACUAGUGAGCUGCCCCUGCCCUUGUCUUCCAGGGAGAUGAAGCUACAGCUUGACUUGGCUGAUUCUGUGCGGCAGCUUGACACUGCUGGUCUAAGUGAUGAGCCAUUUGGCGCCUGGGGUAUAGAGAAUGCCAGGGAGAUGCUGGAUUGUUCCUCCCCUUUUAGUUCCUCUGACACACACUCCUUCAAGGAUGAGGGUGCUGUGCAGUCUGACUAUGCAGACCUCUGGCUUUUAAAUGAUUUGAAAUCCAGUGAUCCCUACAGGUCUCUCUCUAACUCUAGCACUGCUACAAAUACAACUGUAAUUGAAUGCAUCAAAUCUCCAGAGAGUUCAGAAGUGCAGACAACCCGUUCCAAUUCUAGGCCCACAUCCCCAACACUCCCACCACCAGAAGGCAACUUCAAAAUUGGUUCCCCAGAAAAGCUUGCAGGCUUGGCAUCCCCUUCCAGUGGAUAUUCCAGUCAGUCUGAGACACCAACAUCUACCUUCCCCUCUGCUUUUUUCCCGGGACCACUAUCCCCUACCAGUGGCAAGCGUAAGCCAAAAGUCCCUGAGAGGAAGUCCUCGCUCUCUUCCCUCCAGCAGCAGCAGCAACUUUCCCACAGAGACACAGGCUCUUCUUCCAGAAGGGACACUGAACUCCCAGUCAUACCCCCCACACACCUCGAACUAAGUGCUCUUCACAACAAAUCAUUAAUCCAUAGGAAUCAGGCACAGAUCCUUCAUCACAGCAAACAGAAAAUGGCUUCCACUGCAGCCGCUGGAGCCAGUGCAGCAGAGACUCGUGCUGCUGCUGGGGAGGCCCAUGCCACUGUGGUAGAAGCUUGUGCUCCAGCAUUGAGUGUGGAGGCACCUAGUUCCACUCACUUGGCCAUCACCCCCACUGUUCUACGAUCAGUACAGCUGCGAUCCAUUAGCAGACCUACUGAAGGAAGUCAAGAUCAGGAUCAGUCCAGUAUUGCUGCAGCUGCCAAGUCCAAGUGUCCCACAGUGACAGUUGUCUCCCCACCUGAUAAUAGGCACAUGCACCCCAGGAGACCACUUGCCUACAAAUCCCUUGAACCUCCUCCUCAGGAGUAUUGUGAAUCUGUGUUGUCUGCUGGAGAGAGUACUGCUGCACCUCAUGAGGGUGUGAGAUUCAGGCAAGAGAGACAUGGACCAGGAACCUACUGGGCUAUGACUGCUUUCAGAACACCCAUAGAAUCAACAUGUCAAGAGGAUGAUCCCUCUAACAGAUCAACUCAGUGUACUGAGCCUCCGAGUGACUUGGACUACAGUGAACCAGUCAAUCGCACUAGGUUCUCAGAUGAACAGGAGCCCUCAAAGCCUGCAUUAUCAAGAGAGACCCACCGGAUGGAACACAAUCAGCCACCCCAGCCUGAGCCCUUAGUGGAUAAGAAGCCCUCUUUGAGUUUGACCAGCACAUUGUCCCCUCCAGGUCAAAGUGAAUGCACCCGGAGGAGUGACUUUGUUCCAUGCAACAGUCAUGACAAAGUGCCUGCUAGACUUACAGAAGCAUCGCAAGCUUACCCAAUCAGUGAUGUGAAAAGCAAAGAGGAGGAAUAUGAGACAUCAGGUGUUCCUACCAGAAGUGCCUCACAGGACAGCCGAGAGGAAAGUUCAACCACAGACACAGAGGACUACUUCAGUAAGGAAUCAACUCCCACUGACAAUUCUAUCUCUCCUUUGACUGAUGACCCAAAAGUAGAUGAUGACAGUGUUUUCCCAUCACCUAAUAAAUUACGUACAACUGAAGAUCUAUUUGCCAUGAUUCACAGAUCCAAAAGGAAAGUACUUGGGCGGAAAGAUUCUGGUGAGCUGAGUGUGAAAAGUCGGUUAGGUGUUGCACCUGUGAAUGCCCCUGCGAGUAAUCCAGUCAUAUGUCCUAGUUCUCAAGCAAACCCAGUCUCCUCAAUCAGUUCUCAGCGAGCUCCAGGACCCAUUUACAGGAGUGCCAAGAAAUCCAACACCUCUAAUGAAGAGUUUAAACUCCUUCUCCUAAAGAAGGGAAGCCGCACUGACUCUAGCUACCGCAUGUCUGCUACUGAAAUCCUCAAGAGCCCCAUCACACCCAAGUCUACAGGUGAGCUGCUAUUGGAAGCAGCAAGGCCACCAGAGGAACCGCCCUCUCAACUUCAGGAGCCCCCAUCCAGUGUGGAACCUCUUGUCAGCCCUUUCCCCAAAGCCAACACUGAGGGUUUUUCCUCAAAAACCCUCUCUAUGUCUGCUUCUUCCAGACAAGGACGUUCAAGGAUCCCUCCGGCAGCCAACAGUAGUCGAUACAGCACACGCAGCAGGCUGUAUACUGCACCAAUGCAGGCCAUAUCUGAAGGAGAGACAGAGAACUCAGAUGGGAGUCCACAUGAUGAUCGCUCCUCCUAA